GCCGCGCGGGGGGCGGGCGCGGAGGAGGCGGCGGUGGCCAUGGCCGAGGCGUCGCCGCAGCCCGGACGGUACUUCUGCCACUGCUGCUCGGUCGAGAUCGUGCCGCGCCUGCCGGACUACACCUGCCCAAGAUGCGAGUCCGGCUUCAUCGAGGAGCUUCCAGAGGACACCAGGAACACAGAGAACAGUUCUGCCCCGUCCACAGCCCCCGCCGACCAGAGCCAGAGCCGGCAGCCGUUCGAGAAUGUCGACCAGCAGCUGUUCACGCUGCCACAGGGCUACGGGCAGUUUGCUUUCGGCAUCUUUGACGACAGCUUUGAGAUCCCCACGUUCCCCCCUGGGGCGCAGGCUGAUGACGGCAGGGACCCCGAGAGCCGGCGGGAACGAGAGCACCAGUCCCGGCACCGGUAUGGCGCCCGGCAGCCCCGCGCCCGGCUCACUGCACGGCGGGCCACCGGCCGGCACGAAGGCGUCCCCACGCUGGAAGGGAUCAUCCAGCAGCUGGUCAACGGCAUCAUCACCCCGGCCACCAUCCCCAGCCUGGGCCUGGGCCCCUGGGGUGUCCUGCACUCGAACCCGAUGGACUACGCCUGGGGGGCCAAUGGCCUGGACGCCAUCAUCACACAGCUCCUCAAUCAGUUUGAAAGCACGGGCCCCCCGCCCGCAGACAAGGAGCGCAUCCAGGCCCUGCCCACCGUCCCUGUCACCGCGGAGCACGUAGGCUCCGGGCUCGAGUGCCCCGUGUGCAAGGACGACUACGCGCUGGGCGAGCGCGUGCGGCAGCUGCCCUGCAACCACCUCUUCCACGACGGCUGCAUCGUGCCCUGGCUGGAGCAGCACGACAGCUGCCCCGUCUGCCGAAAGAGCCUCACGGGACAGAACACGGCCACGAACCCCCCGGGGCUGGGCGGGGUGAGCUUCUCGUCCUCGUCCUCCUCGUCGUCGUCCAGCUCGCCCAGCAACGAGAACGCCACCAGCAACUCGUGAUCCCGGCGCCGGCCGCACCCCGAGCCUCUGGGAGAGCUCCGCCCCUCCCAGCCUCUGCGGCUGCGCGG